CCUCUUUCUUUUUAAGUUCGACUUGAGCCCACUCGUUGAUUUUUGUUUCAUACUCUAUCUCCCUCGAUGUGGCAGGCAUCCUCUUCGUUCGUCGUCCGGACCAUUCCGUGGUCGCCGGCGGCGAGGCCGAGCUCUUUUCCGGCGCCAAUGAGUGCCCGGAGAAACGCUAAUUCAAUGGCCUCCGUCUCCGCCGACGACAUUGCAGCACCACCCCUUCCAGCCCCGGGCAAAACGCCGAAGUCCGACGCCAUCUACAAUGGCCAAUACCACUCUCUGGUUUCUUCGCCCUCUACGCCCAUUCGCGCCCCGAAAGAUUUGAGCUUGCGGCCUUCUCCUGAGCUGGGUCUUCUCUCUCUCUUGUUCGUGCUCUUCAUGGCCAUCGGUUCGGUUCUCUCUUUGGCGAUAGUGUCUAUCCCAGCUAUGAGUGUGGCAUUGAAACAGGCAUUUCGGAGAUUGGCAACCUCAAUGAGUGACUUGUCCAAAGUGGUGUCCGAGGAGGUGCCCGGGACUUUGUCUUCCCUGAAGCUCUCAGGCCUUGAGAUCAGUGAAUUGACCCAGCAGCUCAGCAAUCUCAGGCAAAAGAUCUCUGGCAGUAAAGGGAAGAGAGAGAGGGGCAGUAAGUCUAGCUCUUCCCGGAGGAGGAAUUACCCUUUUGUUGACUGAUAGGUUCAAGUUGGAUAUUCGAAUCAUGCUUGUGUUUGUAAAGCAUCUAGCAAUGUGAGUUUGAUGUGUGUAAAUGACCUUAAAAGUCACCCCCUUAACUUAGGGAGGCUGCAACUGCGACGAACUUGGCUUGCUUCUGUGUAAAGUCCUCUUUGUUGAAAGAUUGAACUGCUAGCAAAUAGUUAGUCAAAGUGUG